AUGGCUUGCUCGGUCAUCCCGAUGAUGAUGCCCGACGAGAUGUUCCACCGGGUCAGUGCCGCUCCGCCGCACCAGCCGAAGAUGACGGCCUCCGUGCCGGUGGUGGCUCCAGCGCCGGCGCCAGAGGAGCUGCGGCUGUCGGACCUCGAUUGGAUCGGCGACCUCGGCGAGGGCGGCUUAGCCAGGGUCUGCAAGGCAAGCCAUUGCCGCACCGGCGCGGUCUUCGCGCUCAAGCUGUCGUUCGACCCGGACCCGCUCGUCGUGGAGGAGGAGGCCGAGGUGCUCCGCCGCGCUGCUGGAGCGCCGCACGUCGUCGACUUCCACGCCCUGCUCCGCGGGCCCGGCGGCAAGGCCGCGUUCGUGCUCGAGUACAUGGACGCCGGGUCUCUCGGCGAUCUCCUGCGGCGGCGCGGAGGGCUGGGAAUCCCGGAGGCAGCCGUCGCCGAGGUGGCCGCGCACUGCGUCGUGGCGCUGGCCCAGCUCCACUCCCGCGGCGUCGCGCACCUCGACGUGAAGCCCGACAACCUCCUCGCCAACGCCCACGGGGAAAUCAAGAUCAGCGACUUCAACCUUUCCAGGAUCCUCUACGGCGGCUCCGGCGAGCGCCUCCAGGUCCCCAUCACCGGCGGCACUAGGAUGUACUUGAGCCCCGAGCGGUUCGCGCACAAUGCCCGCGCCGGGCCGCACGGCGCCAUGGCGGCCGAUGUCUGGGGCCUCGGCGUCACCGUCCUGGAGCUCUUCUUGGGGCGACUCUCCCUCUUGCCCGGAGUAGAGAAGCCGUCUGCUGAGGAGCUGAAGCAGGCCAUCUGCGACGGGGAGCCUCCGUCCGUGCCGGAGGAUGCAGAGGCGUCGGCGGAGCUGCGCGGGUUCGUGGCGGCGUGCCUGCAGAAGGAGCCGAUGCGGCGCGCCACGGUGGCACAGCUGCUCUCGCACCCGCUCGUUGCGCGGCGCGACGUGGAGGCGUCAAGGCGCGCGCUGCGGAAGAUCAUCGUCGACACUCUGUAG